AUGGGUUCUACUGAAGUCUCCAGCCGCCCCAAGCUAUACCAAAACUCAGUCACAAUGUGGCAACGUCAAAAGCAAGAUUGGAUUGACCGAUCAACCAUUGCCUUCAACAAGUCCAAAAACCGCGCCCAACAGUCAACAAUGGACGCAUGGAACAACUCCAAGAACCGCGCACAGCAAUCCACCAUGGGGGCGUGGAACAGUUCCAAGACUCGCUGUCAGCGUACGACAAUGGGUGCCUGGCACAAAUCUGCGGACUCAUUGUAUAAUUCCAAGGACAGGGCUCAGCAAUCUGCAAGAGCAAUGGUGGAUCGGUCGGUCUCCAGAUGGAACGAGUCAGCAGAUCAGAUGCACCAAGCCAUCCGUGUAAAACGAUCAGAGGACCCCGAAAUGCGACCGAGACAAUCGAAUGAUACUACUUCGUCGCCAUCUUCACCGGACUCAACAAAAUCAAGAUCUCGUUUCUAUGCCCAAUCAAACAUCUCUACAGUUUCUUCUGCAACUACCGCGGUGGAAGUGCCCACUAAAACACAACCUAUUCAGCCUGCAUCAGCCGUAAAGUCUUCGGCCUCACCCAAAGAACAGAUCGGUGCCUUGUACAACGCCGCUUCCGCCACUAGUCUCUUAGUGGACCAGACAAGAAGAUUGCGGGAUGACAGAAGCCACAUUUUGGGAGAGAUUGAACUCGACUGGGUUAAUUCAACCAUCACCGAGGCCGACGAGACAUCCAACAACCUGUCUAGCUUUAUACAACCUUUCUGGGUCGCCCAUUGCAAAGAAGCAGAUGACGAAGCGUUGGAGCGCAAGAUCUGGACUCGCCGUGACAUUCAACGUGCCUUGAAGAAAGAGUCGCGCAUGCUCCAAGCCCACAGCAAAGUCGAAACAGUCUUCGGCCACCUGGCAUCCCUCCCCGCAGAAAUGAACAUCAGCAGUGCUGAGCUCAAAGACGUGGAAGUUCUGGCCUUGCACGGUAUUUCGGAAUUGCCAACCACCCGAGUGGUCUCUGUUGCUGAGCUUCCGGGUGACUCGCUGCCUGUCCUGAACAAUUACGCAGAGCUGUCCUCACCAAUGGCGAUCCCCACGAUCGUCGUGACACAGCACGAUGGUGAUGAGGAUGAUGAUAUCUCCAUGAGGGGACGUAGUUCUCCUCCAAGCUACGAAAUAAGUGAAGUGGAAGGUGUGCACGAAAUACGCUGA